AUGGGCUCGGGGCGCGUGCCCGGGCUCUGCCUGCUCGUCCUGCUGGUCCACGCCCGCGCCGCCCAGCACAGCAAAGCCGCGCAAGCCGACUCUCCCUCAGUCAGCUGCCCGCAGGGAACGUAUUACCACGGCCAGACGGAGCAGUGUGUGCCAUGCCCAGCGGGCACCUUCCAGGAGAGAGAAGGGCAGCUCUCCUGCGACCUUUGCCCUGGGAGUGAUGCCCACGGGCCUCUCGGAGCCACCAACAUCACCACAUGUGCAGGUCAGUGCUCACCUGGCCAGUACUCUGUAGACGGGUUCAAGCCCUGCCAGCCAUGUCCACGGGGCACCUACCAACCUGAAGCAGGACGGACCUUGUGCUUCCCAUGUGGUGGGGGCCUCACCACCAAGCAUGAGGGGGCCAUCUCCUUCCAAGACUGUGACACCAAAGUCCAGUGCUCCCCUGGUCACUACUACAACACCAGCAUCCAUCGCUGUAUCCGCUGUGCCAUGGGCUCCUAUCAGCCUGACUUCCGUCAGAACUUCUGCACCCGCUGUCCAGGAAACACAAGCACUGACUUUGAUGGCUCCACCAGCGUGGCCCAGUGCAAGAAUCGCCAGUGUGGUGGGGAGCUGGGUGAGUUCACUGGCUAUAUCGAGUCCCCCAACUACCCAGGCAACUACCCAGCUGGCGUGGAGUGCAUCUGGAACAUCAACCCCCCACCCAAGCGCAAGAUCCUUAUCGUGGUACCCGAGAUCUUCCUGCCAUCUGAGGAUGAGUGUGGGGACGUCCUCGUCAUGAGAAAGAACUCCUCCCCAUCCUCCAUUACUACCUAUGAGACCUGCCAGACCUACGAGCGGCCCAUUGCUUUCACGGCCCGCUCCAGGAAGCUUUGGAUCAACUUUAAGACAAGCGAGGCCAACAGUGCUCGUGGCUUCCAGAUCCCCUAUGUUACCUAUGAUGAGGACUAUGAGCAGCUAGUAGAAGACAUUGUUCGAGAUGGCCGGCUCUAUGCGUCUGAAAACCACCAGGAGAUUUUAAAGGACAAGAAGCUCAUCAAGGCCUUCUUUGAGGUGCUGGCCCACCCCCAGAACUACUUCAAGUACACAGAGAAGCACAAGGAGAUGCUGCCAAAAUCCUUCAUCAAGCUACUCCGCUCCAAAGUUUCCAGCUUCCUGAGGCCCUACAAAUAGUGCCCCUAAGCCCAAGACCCAGGUUUUAAAGCCCCCAGACUCCUUAGCUCUCAGAGCCGGCAGCUCCCAUCCCCAGAUGAGGAACUCUCUCCUCUCUUUCUUUUUGGAGGAAAAAAAAAAAUCACUAUAGACAAAGCACUCUUCCUUUCUGUCUCUCUAGCUUCCUUUCCUGUCUCUCUCUGCCUCUCUCUUUCUCCCUCUCUCUUACUGUGGUCUCUUUUCCUACAUGCUCCCUGGAAAAGCCAUUAAGCGCUGGCUCUGUUUCCCCUGAGGGGUAAAAGAACAGUGUCCCCUUCCCCUUCCCAGCCACACUGCCCAUUUUACUAGCCCACAUCCCUGGCCUCAUCAGCUUGGAAGGGUGCUAGAGGCCCAUGAAGGAAGUGGGGAAUGGGGUGGGAGAAGAAGGGCUUCUGCCAUUUUAGGGUUGUGCCUUGCUAGUCAGGAGCCAAAAUGCCCCCUGGCUGUGCCCCCCAGGAUGAUUCUAACAACCCAGGGUUCUGCCAAAGAAGCCUUUGACUUACAGGCUUAAUGCCAGCACUGGUACUCUGGGGCACAUGGUUCGAGCCCUGGACUGUCCACACAGCUGGCUUUCUUGUCUAUACAGCUUCUUUCCUUCUUCCCCCACAUCUGCUUGGGGUCCAAUCCAUGAGGGCUUACAAAAGGCCCAUAGCACUGGGCUAGUGGACAGCAGCUGAAUGAGGAAAAGCAGCAGGCAUUACCAUGUUGAAUGUGCCGCUGUCACCCCCCCAACAGAAAGACUAUAGCUCUGCAGGACAGAAACCAGGUUUUAAAGCAUCACCAAAAAAAAAGAAGAAAAAAAAGAAAGAAAGAAAAGGAAGGAAGGAAGGAAGAAAGGAAGGAAGGAAAGAAAGAGAAAAUGUAUCAUCUAAAGGACUAGACUACAGAACAAUUGGAAGCCAGCCUCAAACACUAAUCCCCUUUCUUGUCUUCCUGGCCCAGCCAUCUCCUCACCCCUACCUGAGUGCUCCCUGGGGGAGCCCUACUCCCCUUGCUAAGUGUUGUCCUUAAAGAAACAUGGCUGCUGACCAGAAGCCAGCCUGGGCCUUGCCCCAGACUUGUCUUUCCAUUGUAGCCCCAGAUGGCUUGUGGGCUCCACCAAAGAGGACCCUGCUCUGCAGCCAGCCCAGAGCCACUUGCUGCCCACAACCUUGCUGGCCCCAGGUUGUGGGCAGCAAGAGGAAUGUGUGCACACUUGGCGAGCCUUCUGCCCACCCUGUCCACAUCUAAUAAGUGCAAUCAUUUUGAGUCUUCCUAUGUUGUCUAGAGGGAGGGGUUUUUGUUUUCUGGUUUUGUUUUUUGUUUUUGUUUCUUUUUUCCUCUAUUAGAACAAACCUAUUUAUAGCUGCCCAAGAAAGAAGAGUGUAUGUUUGAAGUGGAAGAAAAAAGGUUUUGAAUCUCAUGAACCUUGAGUGCUGGAGCAUCUGAUCUGUCUCUGCUCCCCCACCAGUGGCCAUUCAGACCUCUGGAACCCUCAGCUGGGAGAACCCAAAACUGUAGCUCAGAGGCACCUGAUGUGUAGGAGAGUAAUUCUGGGGACUUGACGGAGCAGGAAGGAGAGGGACCUGUGUUUGCUAAUCCAAUCCUGCCAUCCCUGUGCCUCUCUAUGGAUUCAGCAUGGACCUCACGACUGUAGAGGCCGAUGGAAUCGGUCAGUGAUUCUCCACUCCCAAGUAGGGAAAGCCUCCAUCUUUUCCCUGCCUUCAUCCUGUUUUCCCCUGGUGUACACAUGGAAGAGCAUCAGGACAAACCCCCUGGGGAUGGGCUGACUCAGGGCCCUGAGGCCAGAGACAAGGCUAUGGGAACCAAGAAUAGGACAGUUAUCCAGGCAUGAAGUUUGCCUGACCUCUGCCUACCCCUACCGGUUUGCCAUUCCCUCUAGGAGUUGACUUCAAGCCUAGCUUCCUCCACUACUGCUUUUCAAAAGGAAGAAUCAAGCUCAUGCCCAAGCCCACAUCCUGCACACAUUCUACCCUCAUUCCACUGCUGCCUAUAAAUUUAUUUUCCAUUUGCUCCUUUUAUUUCCCCCAAAGCUGUAGUUCUAUUCAAUCAAAGGCUACCAAUUAACUUCUAGGGUUCAUUUCUAAGUGACUGUCCCAGGUUAUUGCUCCCCCAGGAGAGUUGACACUACAUAAAGAAGCUUGCACCAUCCCCUCACUCCCUAAUCAGUAGCGUUCACCAGCCAAAUAUAGCCUUAGGCAGUAGGUAGCCAAGGUCAAAGCUAGUUCCCCCGACUUCCAUUAGCCAACACCCAGGCCCUUGGCAGUAGAGUGUCUGGCUUCCUGUGUCUCUCUUAGUCAGAGAGGGCUCUGCUAUAAAGAUACAACAUGGCUGCUUCCAUACAAGAAAAUGGUCAUUUAAUAGAAGUAUCCACACUUCCCAGGAAAUGCCAUGAAAACUGCUUUAAUCCACUCUGACCAUCCUCAUUCUCCACCAGAAGCUAGGAUAACUUUCUGAUUCUCUCCCUACCAUUGCAUCUCUCUUAGAAAGCUAAGCAGAGUACCUCCCAACUUAGACCUUCAGGGUCUGGCUUCUCCUUGCUCUCUUCCUUUCCUGUCACCCCAUACAUACACAUAAACAUAUUUCCUCCAGUAAUUUAUUCCACGGUUUCUGGAAACUGCAAAUGAUUUCCACAGUAUGGGAAGUAUAGACCACUAGGCUUCUUAACUAAUGUCAAAACAGAUCUUGGUGAGCAGGUAAAGACCUGCUAAUGUCCACCACGAUUAGUUUAGGUCGUCCAAGUAAGGGGUUAACAAUCCAGGCAAAGCUACUGCUGAACAUAUGGAGGAAGCCAGUCUUGGGGCAUCAAACCAGGGGUUAAGUAGACUGAAUGAGGAGUCAACACUCAGGGACUCUCUAGGCCUUUUACAGGUCAGACAGAAAAAACGGUUUUUACCAGUGUAAGGAAGGAAGUAGAUGGUGUAAAUGGGAACCCUUCAUCAACCAGUCCCAAGGCCUCUCUGCAGGAUGGGGGUGUUUACAGGGCCACAGUACUGUGAGGCUUCAUUUCUCUUAGUACAAAACCUGCCCUGAUCUGAGUCUGGGAAUGGGAAGCCAUUUCUGCAAGGACUCUGAGCGCCAAGUGAUGCACAUCAGAAAGGCACUUAAAUCCUCAGCAACAUGGCAAUCCCUUUUUACUUCUCUGCCUCCCUCUUUCUGUAUUAUUAGGCCAGGUCCAUUCCCUAAACCCCGAGGGAACUCUCAGUCAGGAGAAAACCGACCAGAGCCCAGACUUGAGCUGCCCUACCCCAGGCCUAUAAAUCCCCAGAAGAAGACACUGAGCUGUGACUGCUCUGACUUCGUGAGGAUUGGGUUAGUUUGAGGUAAUGGAGGCUCAGAUUUGUUGCUGCAAGUUCAGUAAUACGGCCCUGGUCUCUGGCCCUAAUGAAAUUUUUGUAUCUGAGAAGUGUUCUCCAUAGGCAUGUCUGAGGGGACUCUGUAGUGGACUGACAGGUCAUAUCUCAAAAUGUCAGAAAACAUUAUAGAGCAUUCAAACUUUGUUAUUUGCUGCUUAACCUCAAUAUUACAGGCUCAAAUUAGGGGGAGGGAGACAAAGUAUAACUGACCAUAAGCAGAAAAUAAUGUUAACCUGCUUGGCUUCUUUCUAAAGCACAAAAGUGGAAGCAAACAACACAAGGAUAUCUUUAAAUAGGACCUGUCUCAAAGAUAGCACACCCUGUGCUUGGGCCAUUAUUUGGACUAGGAACCCUUUAAGAAAAUAUAUGAUUAGAGAGAAUAGAACCCCCAGUUCUGUUAUCAGCUUAUCUAGACAACACAUUGUAGCAGUUUGGACAAACCGAAAACUUUAUUCUUCUAUGUGAGUUAAACUGAAGUUUCAGAGAAUAAUCAUUACCAUGUGGGAGGCUUUUUUUAAUGCAGAAAAAGAAUCUCAAAAUGUUGUAUUUAUAUCUGCCUUCCACUGCUGCCAAUAUAGUAAGCAUCUCCUACACAAUCAACAAUAAACAGUAAAUGAUGCAGUUCAUAGAGUAUUUUGCACUUGGGGAAAAAAAUGUAUCUGAACUUGUAAAAAGAAAUGUUUGGA